AUGGAGGAAGAGUUAAAAUGCCCCGUUUGCGGUUCCCUCUUCAAGGACCCCAUCCUGCUGCCGUGCUCCCACAAUGUCUGCCUGGCUUGUGCUCGAAACAUCACCGUGCAGACCCCGGAGGGAGAGACCCCGGUGCAGAGCCGGGCUUCGGGCAGCUCUGACUACGACUACCUGGACAUGGACAAGAUGAGUCUGUACAGCGAGACGGACAGCGGAUACGGCUCCUACACGCCGUGCCAGCUCAAGUCUCCAAACGGGGUGCGGGUGUUUCCUCCGGCCAUCGCCCACCGUCACUGCUCCCUCACCUGCCCGCUGUGUCACCGGAGCGUCUCCCUGGAUGAGCGGGGGCUCCGGGGUUUCCCUCGGAACCGACUGCUGGAAGCCAUCGUGUCACGGUACCAGCAGAACCGUGCCACCUCAUCCUCUUCCUCCUCAUCCACCUCGGUGAAGUGCCAGCUGUGCGAUCGCAACCCGGUGGACGCUACUGUGAUGUGCGAGCAGUGCGAUGUCUACUACUGUAACGCCUGCCAGCAGAGGUGCCACCCGUCCCGCGGUCCGCUGGCCAAGCACCGUCUGGUACCACCGCGGAAUAAAGGUGCAGGAGGAGGCAGCGGUCAGCAGCCGCCAGCUACCGCCCGGAAACCGGCGACCUGUGUGGACCACGAAGCCGAAAACUUCAGCAUGUUCUGCUGCAGCUGCAAGGCUCCGGUAUGCAUGAAGUGUAUGGAGGAGGGAAAACACGCCAAGCACGACGUUAAACCUCUGGCUGUGAUGUGGAAGCAACACAAGUGCCAGAUCUCUCAGGCCCUCAACGGUGUCUCUGACAAAGCUAAAGACGCCAAAGAGUUCCUGGUUCAGCUGAAGAACAUGCUCCAACAGAUACAGGAGAGCGGCGUGGAGUUCGAAGCCUGCCUCGUGGCUCAGUGUGAUUCUCUGAUCGAGGCGCUGACUAGACAGAAAGCCAAACUGCUCACCAAAGUCACCAAGGAGAAGGAGUACAAACUAAAGGUGGUACGCGACCAGAUCACCCACUGCACCAUGAAGCUACGUCAGACCACCGGCAUGAUGGAGUACUGUCUGGAGGUCCUCAAGGAGAACGAUCCCAGCGGCUUCCUCCAGAUCUCAGAUGCCUUGAUCAAGCGGGUGACGUCAUCUCAAGACCAGUGGGUGAAAGGGGCCCUUGAGCCGAAGGUCGGCCCCGAGUUUGACCUCACCCUCAACACCGACUCGCUGCUCCAGACCAUCCUGCAGCUGGACUUCUGCCAGGGCAAAGUGGAGUCUGGACCCUCUGUGCCACCGGCUCCGCUCCUGCAGUUGGAGAAAUGCUGCACCAGGAACAACAGCGCCACCCUGGCCUGGAGGGUAAUCGCUCCCCAAAGCAACCUCAUGGAGGGAUACAUCCUGGAGCUGGAUGAUGGCAACGGAGGCCAGUACAGGGAGGUUUAUGUGGGGAAGGAAACAGUGUGUACAGUGGAUGGCCUCCACUUUAACAGCUCUUACAACGCCAGAGUGAAAGCCUACAAUGCUGUUGGUGUGGGGCCAUAUAGCAAGACGGUGGUGCUCAAGACCUCUGAUGUGGCUUGGUUCACCUUUGACCCCACCUCAGCCCACCGCGACAUCGUCCUGACCAAUGAAAACCAGACAGUGUCCUGUAACAGCUACGAUGACCGCGUGGUGCUGGGGACUGCUGCUUUCUCUAAGGGCGUCCACUACUGGGAGGUCAGCAUCGAUCGCUAUGACAACCACCCGGACCCAGCGUUCGGCAUAGCGAGGAUCAACACCAUGAAAGACAUGAUGCUGGGGAAGGAUGACAAGGCCUGGGCCAUGUACGUGGACAACAACCGCUCCUGGUUCAUGCACAACAACUCCCACACCAACAGGGCGGAGGGAGGCAUCACUAAGGGCUCGACCGUAGGCGUGCUGCUGGAUCUGACCAAACACACAGUGACUUUCUUCAUCAACAAGGAACAGCACGGACCAACUGCCUUUGAGAACCUGGAAGGGGUUUUCAUGCCUGCAGUUAGCCUCAACAGAAACGUACAGGUGACUUUACUGACGGGCCUGGAGGUGCCAAAGAAUAUCAAACAGUAG